UUGUUGGUACCAAAUGUAAUUUCAGAAUAUAUUGUUUUGUAUUACAAAGGUAGUUAAACAUUGUAAUAUGGUUUGUUUGAAAUCGUGUUAGAAUAUUUGAUCAGUUUAGAAUAAGAAGAUUUUUGUUUUUACGGUUUAGUGAGUAAGUGAUUUUAGUGGCAUUAUUCUGGUUUAUUAGAGAACAGACGGACGUGCAAAUGGAGUUAUUACGUUAUGUUGCCUGCAGUUUGUUGGUAGUUUUCUUGAUGGUAACACAUGUAAGAGGACAGAACGAGACUGUUAAUGUUCUUGAUAACGCUGUCACCAUAAAUUCACCAGGAUAUACGGAUGGUGCUUAUGAAGCAAAUGUUAAUUACGACUACAUUGUUUCUACUAAUUUAACAAACCAUACACUUGUGUUAAAAGUAACAGACUGUGAAUUGGAGGGUUUUGAAGAUAAGGGAAAGGUUAUAUGUCACGAUUACGGUACAGUAUAUGAUGGAAAUUCCAGUUCGGCGACGAAACUUGGCGAAUUUUGCUGUUUGACCACGCCCACACCAACGUUUGAGUCAACAGGUGACACAGUGUACAUUGUAUUUAUAUCAGAUGCUGCGACACAGUUUAAAGGCUUCUCUAUGACAGUAGAAGCAGACGGCGGACCUACUACCACAUCCACCACAUCCACCACAACGACCACAUCCACCACGACAAUAACGAAUGACGUCACGAGCGUUGUCACACAGGCAUCAACUGAGAGUUCGAAGGACUACAAAUGGAUUAUUGUUGGCAGUGUGCUUGGAGGAGUCAAUCUGAUUAUAGUUAUUGUUAUCUUUCUCGUCUGCUUUGUUAAGAAGUCAGGAAGUUCGAGCGUUCCAGGCAGCGCGAGCGUAACCAACAGGAAGUUGUGGAGCAGAUCAAAUACAAUCGUAGAGCCAAUCACUACAAAAGACGCUCUACCUGGAGAAGUUGUUCAAACAAAUAUAUUCGACAUGGACUUGCCCCCGGCUGAAGGAAAGGCCAACCAGCUCCCGCCCCUCAGCAAAAGCCUUGCUCCGGGACCCAAGGAAAACAGCUUUGUUCUUGGAUAGGACAUCACUUUAAAUAGUACACGUGUUAACUUUACAAAUGGAUUAUAAUAAUCACUGUGAUAUAUUGUGUACUGAUAUACAAGACAAACUGUCUAUGGGUUUAAAACAUACAGAAACAUAACUAAAAAUCUGUGAAUACAAGUUAUCUUAAAUAAGUUAAACGUUUAAAUAAACAUGUAAGACGAAGGCAUGUUGUAAAUUUAUAUAUCGAUUGAUUAUCACGACAAAUCUCGUUUGUAAAUACGUGAAAAAAGAGAACAUGCCUUUGUUUCGAGUGAAUAAAUAUAAUUUAUUUAACUAAAGAAUGAGAAUUUUAAUAUUUUCUAAGCUCAAAUAUCAAAACUGGCAUUUCAAUAUGAGAUAUUUGUCAAGAUAAACAUUUUUCUUUUACUCUUACUUCGCAUUCAAUAUCUUUGUCUCUCAUGGCUAGUCAGAAUUUGCAACAUAAGGUGUAUAAUGACGACGCCAUUGCGUACCGAUGGAGUCAUAAAAAUCUUUUUCCGUUUUGUUUUGUAUUUUGCUAUAUAUUUUAAUGAACAGGACGGGAAUUAGUUUUGAACCGUGUGAUAUGAUUUUUAUCUCAUCGACAUAUUUUAGUAUUUCACCGACACGCAUAAUAUAAAUUAUUUGUUUAGAUAUCAUAUGAAAUUGUAUAACCAUACCUGGUAGGUAACAGUUUAAGCUGGCAUGAUGCGCUAUUUUCACCACCCCGAGUUCUUCCAAUAUUUUGGCAAUGCCCUGUACCUCUCUGUGACUUGCAUGUACCGAUAGUGAGUUGGUUAGAACUAUUCAGUGGUGGUGGCGUUGAUAAUUUUCACUCCGGAUCAGAGCAGUAAGCCACAUUGAAUUUAUCAGAGCACAGUUCAGACACCGCAUAUAUGGAAGUAUCGGACUAUUUUAUAUCCGUUUGUUUCCAUCUUAGCUGUACAUUUCGUUGUACUCGGAAACCGGAACCGCGUGUCCUCUUUUGCAAACGUAAUGUAGUCAUAUAUGUACAAAAUACCGGUUGGGACAUUUUAACUUCUUGAAUUCUCGAGUUGAUCUUAAUGAGUUCAUACUUUCAACUUCGCGAGUUCACGAUUUCUUCUUUGCGAGUUCACGAUUUCUACUUGGCAAGUUCAAGAUUUCUACUUCGCAAAUUUUACUUGAAAUUACACUUUGACUUCACGAUUUCAACUUCGAGAAUUAAAAAUUUUACUUCGUGAUUGCACGAUUUGAACUUCGUUGCUCGUAUCAAAAUACAAAGCUUUAUAAAGUUAUUACAAUAUUAUAUAAUGUAUGUGGCUUGCAAAAUUGUUUUUGUUUGUUUAAGUUGUUUAAGUUGUUUAAGUUGUUGUUGUUGUGUAUUACGACGUCAACUAUAAUGACAUUAUGUGUGUAACAUUUCACAACAUACUUGAAACUGUUUUAGAUUUUAUGUGAUAUUAAGGUUUCUUUAUAUUAGCUUAUUUUUUCCAUAAAAGUACUUUUAGGUUUUAUAUGAUAUAUUUUUGUACAUAUAAUUGAAGGUUAUUAUGCUUAGUAAUUAUCAUGUUUAAUUAAUGCUUGAGUAAUUUUAUCACUUACCGUUUGUGUCAAUUUUAUAUGGUAAUAUAACGUAGAUUAAUGUGUUUCCUCUACCAAGUUUUCUAUAUAUCCUGCUUUAGUAAACAUGUAUGUACAGCAGACAUAAACAUUGUAUUGCAUGCACUGUCCUUUAAAAAAUUCGAAAAGGUUACCAAUCCUUCCAAUUAAAGGGAGAGAACUCAUGAUUAUCUCCUAAAUUAUUAUAAUGAGAUGGGUGUGCAUCAUUAAGUGUUUGUAUCGUGGAUGAUACAGAACAUAACAGAACAGAACAGAAAAUUUAUUUUGAUACACCAGAUUAGUAAAAACGUAAAACAAUUUUGCGUAUCUCCUUAGAAAUAACAUAGGCGCCAUUUUUAAUGUAUCUUUAUGGCAGUUUGUUUUCAUUCUGGGCCAGAAUCACCAUAGUUAUUGAUUGUUAAUUAGUAAAAAUUAUAUCUUGAAAAUACCUUUACUAAUCUUCUAAUUCUGGUUUGAUUAAAUAUGACUAUAAUAUUAAUUCCUGUAUGGAAUAUUUAAGGUAUUUGAUACCCCAGUAUCUUAAUUUACUUCAGAAGAUUUAUUUAAAACAUGUUCUCAACUCGGGUUCCAAAUAAGCUAGGGUAUUUUAGAUUUUAUAUGUAAAUAGUAAGUCAUCAUUUUAGUCUCUUAAAAAUCUUAUAGAUUGGCAAUGUGCAUUUAUAUUGUAUUGUGUAUGUAUAUUAAAUGUAUACAUUGUUGAGACUCUAAUAAAAAUUAACUAAUAAUAAACAUGUAGAUGAUAUUUUAAUGAACGAUGAUGAUUUAUUAUUAAUAUAGAUAUAUCAAACAUCAGAACAAAACAUUUCCAAAAUAUGACCUGUGUUUUUGUCAUUUUCUCUUAUUUUCUCUUAGUUAAACAUUAUUAUGUCAAAGUGUUCUGAUGUAGGUAAUAAUUUGUUUCCCAAAAAAUGAAAGAAAAAGAAAUCCGGUGGUCCUAUGGUCAGUAUAUGAAAUGUAAAGAUGUGUGUGUGUGUGUGUGUGUGUGUGUGUGUGUGUGUAUGUGUGUGUACGUGAGUGUGCGUGCGUGUGUGUGUUUUAAUAGAGGUGGUGUGAGGAGAUGUGGUGGAGGAAUGCUGUGUGCAUGUUCAUGUGGAGGGGAUGGUUGUAUCCUAUUAUCCCGGCACUAGUAAGAUAUUUGCAUAAUUUCAUAGUAUUAAAUAGUUUGACUUAAGUUUGUAACUUUAGUGUAUUUUAUUUUCACACGUAUAGCUUGCUUUCAGUCUUAACAUUUUAACAUAUACCUCCAUGUGAAGCUUGCCGUGUAAUGAAACAUUUCUAGAAGUAUCCCUGUUUAUAUCAUGAUCAUCAAACAUAAAACUGUUCUCAUUUACUUAGUGGCAUUUUAUGCUUGUUUAAAUAUUUUAAGUUUUGUACUAGACGCUAAUUCUAUUGUUUAGUUGAAAUGUGUACAUGUAUAUCAUUUAGCUUCGCUUGUUCUGCUUAUGUGCAGGGUGUUUAUUAACAAGGUGUUUUAAUAAGUAAUUAAGUUUUACUAAAAGGAAUUAGCAAAAUUAAUGAUGUUUAGAUGCUUUGAAAUAAAAAAUACAAAACUC